AUUAGAGAAGAAAGCCAAUAUUUGCCUACCAAACUUUCAUAUAUUACUCCAUUUUCUCUCUCCAUUUUUUCAUAAAACCAAAAAGAGUUGAGCAAACAAUGAAGUUUAACAACAAAAAUAGGAGUAUCCCUUAUUUCAUUCAUUCAUUUCUAUUUAUCCUAAUUAUUAUCCUCCAAAAUAACCACAUUCUUUUAAUCCACGGUUCACCUAGCCCCAUCAAAACCGUUGUUAUUUUAGUAAUGGAAAACCGGUCCUUCGACCACAUGUUGGGUUGGAUGAAAAAACUCAACCCGAAAAUCGACGGCGUAAACGGGUCCGAGUCAAACCGGGUUUCUCUCUCUGAACCGGACUCUCCGGUUAUUUAUUACAAUGACACGGCUCAUUAUGUGGUUGACCCGGACCCGGGUCACUCAUUUCAAGCAAUGAGAGAACAGAUUUUUGGGUCGGACCAAACCGGGUCUGAUCCGGCCCCUAUGAAUGGGUUCGCACAGCAAGCGUAUUCGAUUAAUAAGAGUAUGGAAAUGGCUAGACAUGUUAUGAAUGGUUAUAGACCCGAAAUGGUUCCGGUAUAUCAAGCUUUGGUUCAAGAAUUUGCCGUGUUCGACCGGUGGUUUGCUUCCGCUCCGACCUCGACUCAACCGAACCGGCUUUUUAUUCACUCGGCUACUUCAGCUGGGGCUACUAGUAAUAUCCCGGCCUUACUCGCUAAAGGGUACCCUCAAAGGACAAUAUUCGAGAACUUGGAUAGUGAAGGAAUAUCCUUUGGAAUUUACUACCAAAAUAUUCCUGCCACAUUGUUCUACCGCAAUCUAAGAAAGCUCAAGUAUGUCACAAAAUUUUUACCCUACGGUACGUUUUUCAAAAGACAUGCUAAAGAAGGGAAGCUCCCGAGCUACGUAGUCGUGGAACAACGUUACACGGACACUAAGGCUAACCCAGCCAACGACGAUCACCCAUCACACGACGUGUACCAUGGUCAAUUGUUUGUAAAGGAGGUGUAUGAAACCCUAAGGGCUAGUCCACAAUGGAAUGAAACCCUCUUUUUGAUCACAUAUGACGAGCAUGGUGGGUUUUACGAUCAUGUCCCUAGCCCGGUUAGUGGGGUCCCUAGCCCCGAUGGUAUUGUGGGGCCAGAGCCUUUCUUAUUUAAGUUUGAUAGGUUGGGAGUUCGGGUUCCUACUAUAGCAAUUUCACCUUGGAUCGAGAAGGGUACUGUUGUUCAUAAGGCUAAAGGACCAUAUCCAACAUCAGAGUACGAGCACUCGUCGAUUGCAGCUACUGUCAAGAAACUCUUCAACCUGUCUAGCCCUUUCCUAACUAAAAGAGAUGCUUGGGCUGGCACCUUUGAGGGCAUUGUACAAACCCGAACUGAACCUAGAACAGACUGUCUUGUGCAACUGCCAAUGCCGGUGAAGAUGAGGCAGGGGGAGGCAGAUGAAAACAGGCAGCUGAGCGAGUUUCAGCAAGAGCUGAUGCAUCUUGCAGCAGUGAUGAAAGGUGACGACAUACUGUCAAGUUAUCCUGAGAGUAUAGCUAAAGGAAUGACAGUGAAGCAAGGGAAGGAGUACAUGGAAGAUGCAGUAAAGCGAUUCUUCGAGGCAGCAAGACUUGCCAAGAAGUUGGGAGUUCAUGAAGAACAGAUUGUCAAAAUGAGGCCUUCUCUCACUUCAAGACCUUUAAAAUCUGACACUCAACAACACCCUUAAGGCCCUAUAUAGUUAGUGUAUCAGUAUAGGUAGAUUAAAUCAUCUAAUCCGAAAAAUGUAUACCAAAGUUUCAGGUAGUUUUGGUGUAAUUUGGAGUGUAACAUUAUCAUAAAUAUGGGAAAUAUAAACAUUUCUUUAAGAAUA